AUGGCAGUCAUUGCAGCACCAUUAGUGCCUGGGGAGAUCGUUGGACCCCCUGCGGAAGCGGCCUUGGAGCAGUCUCGUAGGACAAGGGAACUGACUCGAUCAAUGAAUGAUGAAGAUGCAGUGUUUGAGGAAGAGGCAGAGGACUCAGAUAGCUCAGAGGAUGAAGUUCAGACAGGGAAAGCCGAGGAUGAAGUUCAGAUAGGGCAAGCAGAGGCAGAGGAGACAGAGCGAGCAGAGCCGUCCACAUUCAACCCCCAACUCGAUAAUCCUCCCAUUACUCAGAGCAAUGAUGCCAAAACAUGUCAUAACUGGACGCCAAUGAAUUAUUUUGAACAGUACAUUGAUGACUCUGUGUUCAAAGAAAUGGCUAUGUGCACAAACCAGCGCAAAGUCCUUGUGUCUGGAGCAGCACUAAACACCACUCCUGAAGAGUUGAAGACAUUCUUUGGGAGUUCUGUCUACAUGGCCUGUCUAGGUUAUCCAAACAUUCAGAUGUAUUGGGCCUCGAACAGCAGAGUUCAAAUAGUGGCAGAAUCCAUGACCAGAAAUCAGUUCUACAAACUAAGAAAUUCCAUCAUGAUCAUCAAUGACCUUGAUGUUUCAGAUAAGGACAAAAGAAGAGACCUCUUGUGGAAAGUCAGGCCCCUUCUGAACAAAGUGAGGCAAGGAUGUCUAAGUCAGCCUAGAACUCAAAAACUGUCCAUUGAUGAUCAGAUGAUUCCAUUUACUGGUCGCUGCCCAGUUCGCCAGUAUGUACCGGGCAAACCAUACCCAACUGGAUUGAAGGUGUUUGUCUUGGCUACACCAAGCGGUAUGGUUUUGGAUUUUGUGGUCUACCAAUGCAAGACCACCUUGAGAGUCACAGCAGGACGGGGCAUUGGAGAACAAGCUGUCCUUCAUUUGGCCGAGUCCGUUCCCAGAGGAACACACCUCUUCUUUGACCAGUUCUUUACAACUGUUGACCUUCUGGAUACCCUGAUGGAGAAAGGGCUGGCAGGAACUGGAACUCUCAUAAAGAACCGAAUUCCAAAGGAGUGCAACGUUAUAGGGGAUCAUACCAUCAAAAAGAAAGGAAGAGGGGCAUCUGAAAUGGUGGUCAGACGAAGUCCUCCUGAACUCGCUGUCAUUAAGUGGUUUGACAACAAGCCAGUGGUCAUGGCAUCCUCUGCCUACGGCAUUGAGCCUCAGGACACACGCAGCAGAUGGUCUAAGAAAGACAAAAGUUAUGUCCAGGUGUCAAGACCAGUGGCAAUUGCUGAGUACAACAGCAACAUGGGUGGCGCGUGGACAUGGCCGACCGGAUGCUAA